AGGAGCCUUUUACGAAGAUGGCGCCGAAGGCUAAGAAGGAAGCCCCUGCCCCUCCCAAAGCCGAAGCCAAAGCAAAGGCUUUGAAGGCCAAGAAAGCAGUGCUGAAAGGCGUCCACAGUCACAAAAAAAAGAAAAUCCGCACGUCACCUACGUUCCGACGACCCAAGACACUGCGUCUGCGGAGGCAGCCCAAAUAUCCUCGAAAGAGCGCCCCCAGGAGAAACAAGCUUGAUCACUAUGCCAUCAUCAAGUUCCCCCUGACCACUGAGUCAGCCAUGAAAAAAAUAGAAGACAACACACUUGUGUUCAUUGUGGAUGUCAAGGCCAGUAAGCACCAGAUCAAACAGGCUGUGAAGAAGCUCUACGACAUUGAUGUGGCCAAGGUCAACACCUUGAUCAGGCCUGAUGGAGAGAAGAAGGCAUAUGUUCGACUGGCUCCUGACUAUGAUGCUUUGGAUGUUGCCAACAAAAUUGGAAUCAUCUAA